GUCUGGACAGUCCAGGUGUGUACCGCAGCAUGAGUGGGGGGGUUCUGGACACCCGACACCUGGCUGACACAGACCUGGAGCAGCUGGACGUCCCCUCUCUGUGUGACGGGGUGGUCCGGUUCCUGCAGGACCUGCCCGGUCCUGUCCUGCCCCUCUCGCUGCAGGCCGACAUGGUCCACACAGUCCAAGAGGUCCGAGACCUGGAAGACUGCGCCCAGGUGCUGCGGGGCGUGGCCAGUUCUCCGGCCUGCCCCGCCCAGUACGGUCUGACCCUGCUCAGUGUGGUCCGACAUCUGGCCCGUCUGUGUCUGCACGGCUCCAGGAACCAGCUGAGCCCCCGGACCAUGGCCGAGAACUUCAGUCCACUGCUGUUCAGACAGACUGCAGGGUCUGAGGCUGGUCUGGAUCCUCUGGUCCAGGUCCUGGAGGUUCUGAUAACCAGUGAGCUCAACAUGAACCAAGCAGCACCAGCUUUACCUCCUAAACCUGUGAAGUCCUCGACUCCUGCAGCUUCCAGCUGCUUCAACAACAGCAUGUCCCUGCAGGACGCAGAGUGGUACUGGGGGGACAUCUCCAGAGAGGAGGUGAACGAGAAGCUGAGGGACACGGCUGACGGUACGUUUCUGGUCCGAGACGCCUCCACCAAGAUGCACGGAGACUACACCCUGACUCUGAGGAAAGGAGGCAACAACAAACUGAUAAAGAUCUUCCACCGGGAGGGGAAGUACGGUUUCUCCGACCCGCUGACCUUCAGCUCUGUGGUGGAGCUGAUCAAUCACUACCGCCACGAGUCUCUGGCCCAGUACAACCCCAAACUGGACGUGAAGCUGCUGUACCCGGUCUCCAAACACCAGCAGGAUCAGGUGGUGAAGGAGGACAGCAUCGAAGCUGUGGGGAAGAAGCUGCACGAGUACCACCUGCAGUACCAGGAGAAGAACCGCGAGUACGACCGGCUGUACGAGGAGUACACCAGGACCUCUCAGGAGAUCCAGAUGAAGAGGACCGCUAUUGAGGCCUUCAACGAGACCAUCAAGAUCUUCGAGGAGCAGUGUCAGACGCAGGAGCGCUUCAGCAAGGAGUACAUCGAGAAGUUCCGCCGCGACGGCAACGACAAGGAGAUCCAGAGGAUCAUGGAGAACUACGAGAAGCUGAAGUCCCGGAUCAGUGAGAUCGUGGACAGCAAGCGGCACCUGGAGGUGGACCUGAAGAAGCAGGCCGCCGACAACCGAGAGAUUGACAAGAAGAUGAACAGCAUCAAACCAGACCUGAUCCAGCUCCGCAAGACCAGGGACCAGUACCUCAUGUGGUUGACCCAGAAAGGAGUACGGCAGAGGAAACUGAACGAGUGGCUCGGACUGAAGAACGAAACCACCGAGGAUGAGUACAGCAUGGUGGAGGAUGAGGAGGACCUUCCUCACCACGACGAGCGUCUGUGGCGCCUCGGGAACAUCAACAGGAACCAGGCCGAAGCUCUGCUGCGAGGGAAGAGGGACGGGACCUUCCUGGUCCGGGACAGCAGCAAACCGGGCUGCUUCGCUGCCUGCUCUGUGGUGGUGGACGGCGAGGUGAAGCACUGCGUCAUCAACAAGACCAGCACGGGGUACGGGUUUGCGGAGCCCUACAACCUGUACGGGUCCCUGAAGGAGCUGGUCCUGCACUACCAGCACACCUCUCUGGUCCAACACAACGACUCGCUCAACGUCACGCUGGCCUUCCCCGUCUACAGCCAGCAGAGACGGUGACCCCGCCCCCUGACCCCGCCCCACCAGAACCACAGCUCCAUGUGGUUCAGACUGAGGCGAAAGAAACAUUUUACUGUGAAAAUCCACAACACAAGCUUUAACUUCCUGUCAGGUUAAAACCAGCUGCUCAGCCCGGUUCUGUCAGGAACCAGAACCGCCCCUGCAGGCGGACGGGUCAGCUGAUUGGGUUCUGAAAAGACGAGGGCCGGAUCACAUGGGACCAGUUUUUAACCCUCCGAGAAGAGAAAGAGUCUAUAACACAUUCCUCUGAUCACAGAAACUGUUAUUACAUCAUUAUUAUAAUACAGGAAGUAAAACUAAACAUCAGGUUUCAGUCAAUAAUAACAUCAAAGCACCAACACUGAGUGUUAGUUUAAUCCUGAGUAUUAGUCUGAUACUGUUAGUUUAAUCCUGAGUAUUAGUCUGAUACUGAGUGUUAGUUUAAUCCUGAGUAUUAGUCUGAUACUGAGUGUUAGUUUAAUCCUGAGUA